GGUAUUUGAACAUACAGUCAUGGCCUGAGAAUAUGACAGAUUUCAGAGUGUUUUCAAAUUUGGUAACUAUUGGAGGAAGAGCUCUGUAUAGUGGCCUGUCUUUGCUCAUCCUAAAGCAGCAAGGCAUUACCUCUUUGCAGUUUCAGUCCCUGAAGCAAAUCAGUGCUGGCAACAUCUACAUAACCGACAACAGCAAUUUGUGUUACUACCACACUGUCAACUGGACCAGCCUCUUCAGCACACCCAGUCAGAAGACGGUGAUUCAUCGAAACAAAAAAGCCGAGAACUGCACUGCUGAUGGGAUGGUGUGUAACGAGCUGUGCUCCAGCGACGGCUGUUGGGGCCCCGGCCCGGACCAGUGCCUCUCCUGCAAGCGCUUCCUCCGGGGGAGGACCUGCAUAGACUCCUGCAACCUCUACGACGGGGAAUUUCGAGAGUUUGCAAAUGGUUCUGUCUGUGUGGAGUGUGAUCCCCAGUGUGAGAAGAUGGAAGAUAAUAUGAUCACGUGCUAUGGGCCGGGACCCGACCACUGCACAAAGUGUUUUCAUUUCAAGGAUGGUCCAAACUGUGUGGAAAAAUGCCCUGAUGGCUUACAGGGGGCAAACAGCUUCAUUUUCAAGUAUGCCGAUGAGGAUCGGGAGUGCCAUCCUUGUCACCCGAACUGCACUCAAGGGUGUAGAGGUCCCACUAGUCAUGACUGCAUUUACUAUCCAUGGACACGCCAGUCCACUUUACCACAACAUGCUAGAACUCCUCUGAUUGCGGCAGGAGUUAUCGGCGGCCUCUUCAUCAUCGUCAUUCUGGGCCUGACGUUUGCUGUGUACGUUCGGCGCAAGAGCAUUAAAAAGAAGAGGGCUUUGCGGAGGUUCCUGGAGACCGAGCUCGUGGAACCCUUGACCCCCAGUGGCACGGCACCGAACCAGGCACAGCUUCGUAUCUUGAAGGAAACAGAGCUAAAACGCGUUAAGGUUCUUGGCUCGGGAGCCUUUGGAACGGUGUACAAGGGUAUUUGGGUCCCUGAGGGAGAAACUGUAAAGAUUCCUGUGGCCAUAAAGAUCCUGAAUGAGACCACCGGUCCCAAAGCCAACGUGGAAUUUAUGGAUGAAGCCCUGAUCAUGGCCAGCAUGGACCACCCGCACCUGGUGAGACUCCUUGGUGUCUGCUUGAGCCCAACCAUUCAACUGGUCACUCAGCUGAUGCCUCACGGCUGCCUGUUGGAUUAUGUUCAUGAGCAUAAGGAUAAUAUUGGCUCCCAACUUCUGCUGAACUGGUGUGUCCAAAUAGCCAAGGGAAUGAUGUACCUGGAAGAGAGGAGACUUGUUCACCGGGACUUGGCAGCCCGGAACGUCCUGGUGAAAUCACCAAACCACGUGAAGAUCACUGACUUUGGCCUGGCCAGGCUUUUGGAAGGGGAUGAGAAGGAGUACAACGCUGAUGGAGGGAAGAUGCCAAUUAAGUGGAUGGCUCUGGAGUGUAUACACUACAGGAAAUUUACCCAUCAGAGUGAUGUUUGGAGCUACGGGGUCACCAUCUGGGAGCUGAUGACUUUUGGUGGAAAGCCAUAUGACGGAAUCCCGACCCGCGAGAUUCCUGACCUCCUAGAGAAGGGCGAGCGGUUGCCCCAGCCUCCAAUCUGCACUAUUGAUGUUUAUAUGGUGAUGGUGAAAUGCUGGAUGAUUGAUGCCGACAGUCGGCCUAAAUUCAAGGAGCUGGCAGCUGAAUUUUCUAGAAUGGCACGGGACCCUCAAAGAUACCUGGUUAUUCAGGGAGACGAUCGUAUGAAGCUUCCAAGUCCAAAUGACAGCAAGUUCUUCCAAAACCUUCUUGAUGAAGAAGACCUGGAAGAUAUGAUGGAUGCUGAAGAGUAUCUUGUUCCUCAAGCCUUCAACAUUCCUCCUCCCAUCUACACUUCUAGGACAAGAAUUGAUUCCAACAGGAGUGAAAUUGGACACAGCCCUCCUCCUGCCUACACCCCUAUGUCAGGAGUAAGUAUUUCACCCUCAACCUUCAUCCUUAGGUUUUCCGCCUUCCUUGUCUACGUACGUACUGUUUCCAACCCUGUCUUCCUACAUAAGUGGCCCCAAAGCCAGCAGUGA